GUCACUAGCACGAAUGCCAUGGGGCAAUAGAAAGCACACUGCUAUUAUGCAAUGUACCCUUAAACCAUGUUCCAGGACUCCACCAUCACGUUUGGUCAGAGGGGGGGUUACUACUUCGGGUGCGAGUCAAAACGAUGCCAUGGCUCAACCCCCAAGAAAUUGAGAGCCGUUCUUGAUAGUAAUGAUACAGCUGAGGUUUAUUACGUGACGCUUGGUGCGGCAUCAAGCUUCUUCGUAAGCUACAAAACAAACAGUGGUUCGAAUCAGAUUCAGAGUGACGGUCUUCCUAUCCACCUUGAAACCUUCCUCUCGGAAAGAGAUCGGUACGACCGCAAUGCUCGCGAUAUCAGAAAUAUUCGCGUGACGUUAGGCCCACAAAACUCCUCCUGGUAUGCCACCGAUGGCAAGUCCUGGAUGUGGCAGAAUCUUCCCAGAAAUCUGGAAUCCGCUUUACAUUCGCAGAAGUCUUCGGCUGGCAGCUGGACUUCCCCACCUCGCAUCGUCGCCCUCGGUGCGGAUACCAACUUCCUCCUAAUUACGGAGAGCAACGCAGCGUUCUGUAGUUUGAGCCAAUACCGGACCCUACGCAAGAUGAUUCAAUUCUCCAAAACUCAGGUGAACGGCAUUGCGGCAAUCAAAGACGUGGUACUCCACUCUUACCGAUACCAAUGUUUCGUUGCGGAGUCAAACAAUGGGACUCUGAUAUCUGAAAACGUGCCUCCGCACUCGCAGCGUGACAUGGACACUUUCAGCGAGGCUCUCAAGAUGGCUGCGGAUCGAAAGCUUUACCGAACACCAUCACGCGCUUCGCCUCCUCUGCAAGCCACUCUCCGCCGUGAGUGGACGGACCAAGCGAGGCAAUCUGGGGACGACCUCGCGAGAGAGAUCAAGCUGAAGAUGAAGGUGAAUGUCAGUCUUAGUGCUGGCUCUAUUGCGAGGCUGUUUGGAUGAAGUGUCUUUAAAAGGAGUGAGUUUCGUGUAAAUUGAAACGGUUGAAUGAGACUGAUUUUCUACCGUAGUUAUGGUGUCGAACCACCCCAACCUCAUUCAAAUUAGGGGUCCAGUCCAGCUCUUCCAUAGCCGUUUGCCCCAUCGUAGAGCCCUUUCGGCUGCUUUGGAACUUCAUCCCCUCCGAACCUUACUCGCGAUUCGGGACGUACCUCAAGUCUUAGAUAGAAAAUGGCCAUUUCCAGGGGAGAGCUCUAUACCAUUCACCGCUCACUUGACGUUUUUUUCCCUUGC